AUGAGAAAGACAUUGAAGGAAGAGGAGCUGGAGAAAGAGACAGAGGAGCCCAGACUGGCUGUCAAGAGGAGAAACAGUAAAGAAUUCAACCCUCCCAACAUCAAACCCAGACUCCAGCCCCGCCCCUCUGAGCUGAGACUGGUGCUGCUGGGCAGGACUGGUGCUGGGAAGAGUGCAGCAGGAAACACCAUCCUGGGCUCAGAAGAGUUUCCCUCCAAAGCCAGCAGCUCCGCGGUCACUCAGGAGAGCCGGAAGAGGACGGAAGUGUCCGGGAGAUGGGUGACUGUAGUGGACACUCCAGACUGGCUCCACACUGGACUGUCUGAGGGGGACAGGAGACAGGAUGUGGGGCUCUGUGUUAACUUGUCUGCCCUGGGACCCCAUGCCUUCCUCCUGGUGACCCCGCUGGGCCGAUCCACAGGGGAGGAGAAGAGGACACUGGAGAUAUUCGGGGAGAAGGCCCUGGAACACACCAUUAUCCUGUUCACCCACGCUGAUGAGCUGACCAGCAGGACGCUGGAGGAGUUUGUGCACACAGGCAGCAGGGAGCUCCAGUGGCUGCUGGGAAAGUGUGAGAACAGGUAUCACGCCCUCAACAACAAGGACAGGGGCGCCACUCAGGUCACAGAGCUGCUGGAGAAGAUAGAGAAGCUGGUAGCAGGAAACAAGGGCAGCUACUACAGCAGUAAGAUAUACCAGGAGGCCAAGUCCCAGAUCAGACAGGGGCAGCU